CACGAUCAAUGAGUCACGCCGUUGAAAUAAAUAGUGUUCUAUUGAUCGGCGAUCUUACAAGAUAACAGCUUAGAGUUGUUCCUAAAAGCUGUUUAGUCUAGGACAACGGGCCGUAUUUCCGGACAUGCCAAGUAAAGCAAUUCCGCAUCUCUCCACAAACCGCUUUGUCCUCCACCUCAAGCUGUCGACAUUAUUGGGUUGGAUCUUGCAAUUGCCCCGCCAUAGCUCUGAGGGGUCGGAGCUCAUUAAGAUAUGUAACGUCACUUGAGUUGUUCACAUUGAGAAUGCUUAUUAACUUCCCCCUUCCAACAUUGGUCUCUGGCUUUGCGUGACAUAUAAGCUUCAUAACUUUUCAGUUGUAGUUAUGGCUCCUUACACUGCUAAAUGGGGCAUCUUGGCUACCGGUGGCAUCGCUGAGUGCUUCACUAAGGACAUUCUUACAGACCCUGCCGCUCGCGAUGUCAACGACGUACAGCAUGAGAUUGUCGCCGUUGCCUCAUCCAGCUCCGUCGACCGUGCGCGCGACUUUAUCAAGAAGAUUGAUGGCCCCUCAUCCGCUGCUGUUUAUGGUUCCUACGCUGAGCUAGUCGCCGACCCAAAUGUUGACAUCAUCUAUAUUGCUACGCCUCACAGUCACCACUUCCAGAAUGCUAUGCUGGCCCUCGAGGCUGGCAAGAAUGUUCUCUGUGAAAAGGCACUCACUGUUACUGCGGCGCAGACCAAGAAGCUGUAUGAGGUUGCCAAGUCCAAGAACCUAUUCUUUAUGGAGGCUGUCUGGACACGAUACUUCCCUCUUAGUAUCAAAAUUCGAGAGCUGAUCCAGUCUGGUGCCAUUGGUACUGUUUAUCGAACAUUUGCCGACCUCUCAUUCAACAAGAACACCGAUAGCCAGGAUCUCGACUUCCCCGAUUCCAACCGCAUGGUCAAUCCCGAUCUUGCAGGUGGUGCCUUGCUCGAUCUCGGCAUUUACUCCUUGACUUGGGUCUUCCAGUCUCUCUAUCAUGUUCAGCCCGAGACCGAAAAGGAGGCUCCUAAUGUUGUAGCUUCCAUCAACAAGUAUCGCACCGGUGCCGACGAGUCCACGAGUAUCAUCUGUCAGUUCCCCAAGCACAACUCUGUCGGUAUUGCGACUACUUCACUGCGCAUCGCCACCGACGUCGAUGGUCUCUACACUGGCGGUCCCGCGAUCCGCAUCCAGGGCUCUAAGGGAGAAAUUCAGGUUACUGGUCCUGCGUUCCGGCCGACCGAGUACAAGGUGAUCAAGUCGGACGCCAAUGGCAAGGGGGAGGUAGUGAAGUGCCCAAUUCCUACGGAUCCUAAGCGCAACAACUGGGGUCAUGGUAUGUUCUGGGAGGCGGAUGAGUGUGCACGAUGCCUACGAGAUGGCAAAAAGGAGAGUGCUUCAAUGCCAUGGUCUGAGAGUAUAGUCAUCAUGGAGGUCAUGGACAGCGCACUCAAGCAGGGCGGCGUGUCGUACCCGGAUCUCAUCACCACUGAUGUCUUCGAUCGCAACAGCCCUCUCAACACUGGCAAGAAAUGAAGAUAUGGCGUAUAAUGCUGGACAUAAUACUAGAAUUUAUGAUGAAAUAAAAGUUCGAGGAUAUGCAGGGAUAAUCACAGCAUU